CUCGGCUCGGACACACGUCCAAUCAGCUUUCUUCCUUCCUGACAGCUGGCCAAUCACAGCGCCCACGUUCAGGCUGAAAACUGUUCAACAUGGAGACAACAGUUGAAAAGCUUGAGGCGAUGUUUCUGAAGGCAGAGGCGGACCUGGAUUACAUUGAGAAGCGGCUGAAGCUGGACUUCAUCAACAGCAGUGCAGAAAAUGGAUGUCCAGCUGAGGUUGGGACACUGACAGAGUCGGAGCGAGAGUCUGUAGCACUGCUAAGUGCUGUCAGUCGCACCACAGCUGAGUGUGGACAGCGAACCCGGAGCCUUUUUGAAAACGAUAACACAUGCAGUGAGUGUGAGGAACUGACUGCAGCCAUGCUGGAGUCGCUCCCCCCGAGCGUACGCUCCAACAUCAAGCUAACGGACCUCAAUACGUUCUACCAGCAGCUGCAGCAACAUCUGGGCAAAAGUAACAGGGGAUCGCUCAGCGUGCAGAAGAUGAAGCAGCUGAAGAUGAAUGUGAGCGAUGCUAAGCUGAAGGUCCUGCAACACCUGUCCUUAGUUGAGCUGGACAGUAAAGGCCACGUUCGUCUUGUGCUCUGAGCAGAGCGAUGGUUGUCACAGUAUGUGCCGAGUUCUUGAGCAGAAACUAACCGCGUGGGUGGGAUAGACGCAUACACGAGACGUCAGUUUACUUUCAGUCGGCGCUAUGGUCGGUCUGUACGCUGUAUAAAUGCUCAGAUUCACCAAAGUACAGCGCCGUCCUUUGAGCACUGGGGCAUGAGCUAGCCACAAUGCUGCUGUGAAGAUGCACAGUGUGCUGCCUGUUCAUGUUUUUCAUGUUAUAAGGUUUAUUGUAAAUAUAUGUGAUUACAUUUUAACACAAGACCCUGUCCCCGGAGUAAAAUGCUAAACCCGUAAAGAUGCUAAUAGUUAUAAUGUAUUUUUGUCACUGCUGUAACUCCUUUAAACGAGUAACUAAAUUACAGAGUUUCUAACAGUAAAAUCUACCUUCAGCUGUGUUGAUUGAAACUCAAAAUCUUAAUACUUUAAAUGUACAAAGAACAAUGAUGGACAUUAAAAUAAAUGUAAAAUUGUAA